GAUGAAGUGUGCGCAAGAAUCAUGAUCAGCAAUUGUGCUAUGGGAAAGUCUAUAUGGAACAUUGGGAAACAAGCAAACCCUUAUUUCACUUGGACUUUUUCAUCAACUCUACCACGAGUUUGAGAAACUAUGAAUUUCGUGUUAGUGAUACAAGUGGAGCAAUAUUAUCCGCAUCUUCCUUGUCCACUGCCCGUUAAAUCCUCGCUUCCUUAUUCCACCUCCUCCAUAUCAUCCCGCCCGCUCAACGUUUGGAUCGACCGAACGCUUACCACAGAUCUUUCCAGAUUUCUUCCAGAGGGUUUUAUAACCUCGACAGCCAAAUGUCCAACACCUCGUGGGGCACCGUGUGUCAACUGGAACCAGCGAAAAUCCUCGGCCAUAAAGAACAUCUCGAGGAGCAUGAACUCUCUUGCCUUGUACUACUCAAUGGCCGCCGAUGGGACCUCGCUGAUCACAUUCCUGACAACCCCGAGAUUGAUGCUUCAUCAAGUCAGGCCAUGUUCAUAUAGCUACAGUCACAGUAACAAACUCCGACAUAGCUCAUCAGGAGUCUCUGGCCUUCACGGAUCACUGGCCAUCCUAGAGCCACUUUUCGCUUGUGUUGCUCGGGAGCACCAGAAACCAGAAAAGAAAACGAUGGGGCAGCUGUCUCUAUUGUACUGUUCACCUCAGGCACAAAUUUCCACAACACCACAAUUUGACAGCCUUAGUAUUGUUGCUGACACCUUUUAGGCAGCUCAUGAUGGUCGCACAAAGGUCUUGAAAGUUAGCAAACACAAAGUAGUAAAUCUCAACGUCGAAGGGUGACCAUAAACAAACGUGUUCUUCCUCGCAUCCCAAGCGCGCAGCCCAGAAUUGCAAUGAAAACGACUUGAAGACAGAAACAUGUACGUCGUGCAGUUCGCAUCGCCUGGAAGCAGUGUAAUGCCAGGGACACGGUGGACAGCGACCAUGAGCAAGCCCAGAGGGUCGCCGACCAAAUUGCAAAAAUAGGUGUAAUCACGAUUCUGCCCCCGUAAGGGCAGUUUCAGAGAUUAAACUGAAAAGAACAGAUACUACACUUGAUCUAAGCC